UCAUAUCGGAAAUGUCCGUUCUCAAUUGUGUCCCCCUUUUCCUCGUGUAGCGGCUUGUUGAGCGUUUCCAAGUCAGAGCUGUGGACUAGGUUACCGUCGCAAUGGCCUCGACUGGUGGCACUUUGGACUCCCCUGUGAAGCAGAUCCAGAUCGAUGGUUUGGUGGUGCUGAAGAUCAUCAAGCACUACGAAGAGGGCCAGAGCAGCGAGGUGGUUCAGGGCGUCCUCCUGGGCCUGGUGGUUGAUGAUCGGCUGGAGAUCACCAACUGUUUCCCCUUCCCGCAGCAUACUGAGGAUGAUGCCGACUUUGAUGAAGUCCAGUACCAGAUGGAGAUGAUGCGCUCUCUGCGUCACGUCAACAUCGACCAUCUGCACGUCGGCUGGUACCAGUCCACCUACUACGGCUCCUUUGUCAGCCGAGCCUUGCUGGACUCCCAGUUCAGCUACCAGCAUGCCAUCGAGGAGUCGGUGGUGCUCAUCUACGACCCUAUAAAGACGGCCCAAGGCUCGCUGUCUCUGAAGGCCUACAGGCUCACGCCCAAACUCAUGGAGAUCUGCAAAGAGAAAGAUUUCACACCUGAAGGAUUGAAGAAGGCUAACAUUGGCUUUGAUCACAUGUUCGAGGAGGUGCCCAUUGUCAUCAAAAACUCUCACCUGAUCAACGUGCUGAUGUGGGAGCUGGAGGACAAGUCCACAGUCGCCGACAAACACGAACUCCUCAGUCUAUCCAGCAGCAACCAUUUGGAGAAAAGCCUUCAGCUCUUGAUGGACAGGGUGGAUGACAUGAACCAAGACAUAGUCAAGUACAACACCUACAGCCGCAAUGUGAGCAAGCAGCAGCAGCAGAAGCACCAGUACGUCCAGAGGCGACAGCAGGAGAACGCCCAGCGAGAGAGCAGAGGAGAAGCAGCCUUGCCGGAGGAGGACAUUAGCAAAAUGUUCAAGCCCCCCCAGGCGCCACCUCGCAUGGACACGCUACUUAUUGCAGGGCAAAUUAACAACUACUGCCAGAACGUGAAGGAAUUCACCUCUCAGAACCUUGGGAAGCUGUUCAUGGCGGAGGCUCUCCAAGGCCACAACUAGAUGAGACAACGGAGAGAAGAGGGCAGGCCCCACACAGCAAAAAAGGAAUCCCAGAGCCAGCCGGAGUGCUGCUGUUGCCAGCUGGAGAAUUGAUUCCUUUUCUGUACGCAAUUUAGUGAAAUAAAAUGGAUUGAGCGAG